GCCCUUAACGAGCGUUUCUGUAACUUACUCACUGAUUUUGAUCUAUGCCAUUAUAUGUUAUACUUAUAGGUCUAAUGAUUAUGUCCGUUAUUAACAGUACCAUAAAAUCUCUUGAUUUUCUAUCGAAUUUAGAAUCUUUUAAAUUUUCCAGAUCCGAUAGCAUAGAUGGAAUUCCUUACAUUGACUUACCUAUGCUAUUUAGUGAAUUUUGCCAACAGUUUUUAAUAACAAAUACACCGUGCUUGCUAGGCGAUAGGCUGACGUCUAUGUGGCUUAGCAGACGGGAGUGGGUAAACUGCGAUGGUACACCGAAUUUGGAAUUUAUUGAGAAAACGUUUGGAUCAGCAGUAGUAUCUGUGGCCAGCUGCAAUGAGCAAAAGUUUUAUUCACACCAAAAGCAGGACAUGACAGUAUCAGGUUAUGUGGAUUACUGGAGGGCAUUCAUUGCAAGUGGAUAUCCUGCAACAAUGCCCUGUCUCUACCUCAAGGACUGGCAUUUUGUGAGAGAGUUUCCACACUAUGUAGCCUAUGAGACACCUGCUUACUUCUCAUCCGAUUGGCUGAACGAGUUCUGGGACAGUUUGCCCGACAAGAAAGAUGACUACAGAUUUGUUUACAUGGGGCCGAAGGGAUCUUGGACCCCCUUCCAUGCUGAUGUGUUCCGUUCCUAUAGUUGGUCAGCUAAUAUCUGCGGUCGCAAAAAGUGGAUUCUGGUGCCACCUGGACAAGAGGAAUGCUUGCGGGACUGCAAUGGCAACCUGGCCUAUGAUCUCGAUUCACCAGAUCUGAACGACAACAAACUUUUUCCUAACCACCCAGAGCUGAUUCAGAAGUUUGAGGUGAUUCAAGAAGCUGGUCAGCUGAUAUUUGUACCAAGUGGAUGGCAUCAUCAAGUCUGGAAUCUGGAAGAUACGAUAUCCCUUAACCACAACUGGGUAAACGGCUUCAACAUUGACAUCAUGUGGAACAUGCUGCAGGCAACCCUCAUAGAGGUGCAGCAUGAGAUAGAGGAUGUCAGCGACAUGGAGGGCUGGGAACAACAAUGUCAGGUGGUCUUGCAAGCUUACAGUGGCAUCGACUACUUCAAUUUUGCCAACCUUCUCACAGCGAUUGCACGGCACAGACUGAAGCGACUCAAGACGUUAUGCCGGCUAGCUCGCUGUUGUGGCUGUGACAGCUAUAUGCCCAAUGAUGUGUCAUGCACUGGGGACCACGCACCACAACCUGUGCUGCCAACCAGCAGCACGUGUGAACGGGGAGAGGAAAGAGAAUGUGAUUGUUGGCAUGCUGGAGAACCCAGCCCUGAUAGCUGUGAGCAAUGUCAGGGUCCUACGAGUAAGGAAGUGGAUCAUGAAGGUCAUGAUCGAGAAGAAGUGCAGGUGCAAGGUCAUGAGCAGAAAGCUGCACAGCUGCGAGGUCGUAAGUGGGAGGAAGAGAAACAUCUAGGGCAUGAUCGAGAAGAAGUGCAGUGUGGCAUUCAUGAGGGGCCAGAUAGAGCUGGGUGCAACAAAUGCAGCAACAAGUUACAACACCCCAAUGCCAAGUCACCCACCUUGUCACCACAUCACCUCCUGUUCGACUUGGGAAGAACUUAUCAACACCUGAAGCUACUACUUGCAAGCGCUGACUUUCAGCUCGUGGCACCGUCUAGUGAGGAUAUAGCUCAGUCACCUGAAGAAUGUUUACUGGAUAUGACUGUCACAUUAAAUCAGUUUUACUGCAGUGAUUGUUUCAAGAAGCUCUAGUCGUGUUGAGGUGGUGUCUCUUGCGGCACCACCAUCACCGACGUGCAUUAAGUGAACGUCUUCACUGAUUUUAUUUUAUUUUGUUUCAAUCAUGUCAGAGCUUUCUGAAAACUUUUCUUCAUUUUUAACGAAUUCAAAUGUCUUCCAGAGGAAUCGCUAUAUUCUUAUGCAAUAUAUUGGUAAAUUGUUGGUGCUUUAAGCCAUAAUUUCGAGAAUUAUCUACUGUUUUCUCAACUUUUAUGAUACCUACCGUUAUUGCUUGAGUAACACCAACUGUCUUGAAUUACGAUAAAAUGUAUAUAAUUAGAACCUUCAUAUUCACCAAAACUUGAAGUUUUGAAUUCGUUUGAUUACCACCGCCCUUUCUUGUAAUCUUGGACCAGUUAGUAGCGCCAGCUAUCGUCCAUAGACUUACACGUUGCUCACACAAUCUUGUUAGCACAGGCAAAUUACAAGUUGACACGUUUAACAAAUCUCGCGACUUGAUGUUAUUUUCGUUGUGUUACGAUGUGUUCGUAUCCCAUUUUCUAUGCUAUGACUGCAUAAAAUCUUAGUGUUUUUCAAAUUAGUGUAACCAGUGAUAUAUCCGCUGCGAGGUGAGACUAUAUUUUGUUAUAUUUUAUUCGGAUUUAGCAAGAAUCUCGCAAAUAUUCCUUUAAUGAGAAAUGUCAAGAAUUUCUACCUGUUCUAAAAUCAUGCUUUUUAUAUUAGUCGA